AUGGUUGUUACUCGCAGAACUCCAGUGGUGCCUGCUCCUCCAGUUUCCCGUACACCAUCUUCACAGGGUCAACCACGCUCAACUAGGGCAUCUGUAAUGCAGGACCCAUCUGCGGUACCUCGUGUGUCGAGCCCACUGGCAUCCGAAGACGCCCACACCGCAGCUAUCACCGGAGCCUCUAAUAAAUUCAAGCAAUAUAACGACAAAGAUGAACACAAAAAAUUAAAGAAAGACAAGCCAAAAAAAUCAGGCAAAAAGAAGAAACGCAAAUCCACUAUCCAGUCCUUUCUUGACUUCCUCACUAAGCUCUUUGUGCUCGCCUUCACGGUCUACGUCUUUGCCGUUUGCCCUCGUGAGGCGCAUCUCCAAUCCCCCAUUUGCCGCGGCCUAUCUGAGUACAAACGUAUUGUUCUCGACCCAUACGUUAUCCCACCAAUACAGGCUGCGCUUGCGCACCCUUAUGUUGCGCCAUAUGUGGACCGCGUUACCGAGCUUUCAAGUCCCAUCAUCUUUCGUACGCAAGUAGAGUGGACCAGACGUAUUGUCCCACAAUGGGAGAAGCGCAUUGUUCCAGUUUGGAUCAACCGCGUAAUCCCUGCCUUCACGACCUAUGUUGUCCCCCAAUGGGAAAAGCACGUUAUCUCGCAAUGGCAGAAACAUGCCAUCCCUCAGUACGACAAGCACGUCGCGCCGCGAUUAAGCCAACUCAAACCCUACGUUGCGCGUGCAGAGUCAUAUAUCGAGCAAGCGGAAGCGACGUACACGACGCGCAUAGUUCCGCACGUGCGUACUGCUACUUACAACCUGCGGCGAUGGCAGCAAAAAGCACAACCUUACAUCCUCCUUGCCAUCCAGAAAACUCAGGACACGUAUUAUGCAGCAAAGCCCCACGCGGUGCCUGUGGCAAAGAGAAUCGUUGCUGAGGUGCAACAUGCGCUUUUGUUCCUAAGGGAACAGAGACGGAUCUUUGUCGACCCCCAUGUAGCUAAAUUGUGGGAGAAAGUCAAGGAGUUAAGCCGCGGGUCACCAGUAACUUCAGCGUCUACUUUUGCUCCAUCCGACACAACGGACUUCCCAAGCCCAGAACCUGUUAUUUCUGAGACAUUGGAGCUGGAGUCAACUUACGCUCCGAUCAUACCCACAUCUGUAGAUCAACCUCCUGUGGAAACAGAUCCACCACGCGGCAAAGCGACGGAGACAUCCGUUGGAACACUUUUAAACGAGGAUGCAAUGACAGCCGCAGAAACCGAGGUACCCACCACAUUUGACGCCGUGCCAAUUGCAUACCUCACCUCACAACCGGCAUCCGCGUCCUCUUCUCACUUUCCCUCGAACUCUGUUCCAACACCAGUGCAACCCCCCAGAGCGUGUCCCCCCGCUGCCUCCAGCUCGGUCCCUGCACAUAUCGGUGACAAGGAUGAGAUCGACAUUGGCGCGUUUUACGCCGAACUUGGACUAGAUGAACCCCUAAUCACACCCCAGUCUCACGAGCAAGCGCCCGUCAAUCCCCCAGAGUCGGAGGAAGAGCGCGCUGAACGACUACGCCUUAAAGCUGAGGAGACUGCCCGCAAACGUGCUGACAUCGAGGCCCGCCACUCUAAGUGGGAGACCGAACUUCGGUCUCAAAUGGAGACUGGUUUGUCUACACUCAAGAACAGGCUUAGGGUAAUCAGGGGUGCUGCUGCCACCGAGCUUACAGAGGCGCCUGAUAUUCGAGACGCCAUUGAGAGUCUUGUUGCUGACGCGGAGAAAUAUAUUAAGGGCGCCGGGAUCUAUCUCAGGAAUCUGAAGGCAGAGAACCGGAAGAAUGACGAGAAGAUGCCGCUCUGGGAAAGAGUGAUUGAGAAGGUUGGCGUGAAGUUUUCAGAGCGUCUUGGAGUUGUAGAGGCCGUGGUCAACACGUGGUACGGUGCUAUCCUGGAUCAGGAGCUGCGCGAGGUUUAUGCUGUGACUGCCGAAGUUCGCGAAGUUGCGGAAAAAGCCCAAGUCGACCUAGGGCUUGACUAUGCUUGGCUUGACGAAGUGACGUACUCGGACUGGCAGCGGUACCAUUCUCUGAUUGACGUCAGCGAGAAAUUUGCUCAGGAAGCAAACUCGAUACAAAACAGCACACAUGAUAAUCUGAUCAUGGACAACCCGAUCAUUCCUAUCUUUCAGGACCUCGAAUCGGAGGUCCAGGAUGUCGUGAUUGGAUUUGAAACGCGCUUGAGGCGCAUCAAACGUGAUGGCGAGCGUGCAUUCAAUAGCGUCCAAAAGGAUGAGGGGAAAGGAACAGCUACUGAUCCUGAGCAUGAUGUAGAGCCGGAGGUCUCGAUUCUUCCAAUACCGGAGGAAGGUGUGGGUGAGCGCGCCUAUGUCCCCCCUGUUGCGAUUGGACGGAGCAAAGAGGAGGUGCUGGAGGCACUUGGGAAGGUUGAGCCUCUAGAGGAAAGUUCAGGAUACAAUUCCCGCGAUGAUGCGGAUGCAGGAGAAAUUGUGUCGAGUCUGGUUCGCGAGGCGGAGGAGGAGCAUUCGGAGAGCACUACUAUUCCUCACACAGAACUAUGA